UUGCCUAAACCUCUGCCACCCAUCUCUGAACUUCACUUUGCCGCAGGGAGGCACUGAACUGAGAAACUGCCUUGUCACAGGUCACGCCCCUCUGUCUACUCCCUUUCUUAUAUCAAGAGGGGAAAAACACGGAACUGCCUCUACCCGAUCUGGUCACCAUACGCCUAUUACCUUUACUGUUACAAAUACCGGAUCACCCUCCGGGAGAAGAUGAUGCCUUGUUGUUAUAAAAGCAUCACUUAUAAGGAGGAGGAGGACUUGACACUCCGGCCCCGUUACUGCCUGCAGUGCUCCUGAGUCCCCAGAAGGCCUCCAGGUGGGCAGACGCACUGGCCAGGGAGAAGACCACAGCCAGCUGCAAGAACUGUAUUCGGCUGGGAACCUGACAGUGCUAGCUACGGACCCCCUGCUCCAUCAAGACUCAGUACAGUUAGACUUCCACUUCCGCCUCACCCCUCAGACCUCUACCCACUGGCACGGCCUUCUCCGUGACCAUCAGCUCUUCUUGGAUAUCCCGAAUCAAGCCCUGGAUCAAGGCAACCGGGAAAGUUUGACUGCAACACUGGAGUACGUGGAGGAGAAGACCAAUGUGGACUCCGUGUUUGUGAACUUCAAGAACAAUCGGAAUGACAGAGGUGCCCUGCUGCGGGCCUUCAGCUACAUGGGCUUUGAAGUGGUCAGACCAGACCACCCUGCCCUCCCUCCCUGGGACAAUGUCAUCUUCAUGGUGUAUCCCCUGGAGAGGGAUGUUGGCCAUCUGCCCGGUGAACCUCCCUGAACUUGCUUAUUCCAACUCUGUGAGGGGCUGGAAGCCUUGACGUGCAGGACCCAGGGGCCCAGGAUGUGAUUCACACCUUCCUCCGUCCUAGGAAUAAAGGCUAGUGCAAUCA